AUGAUUUUUAUUGUCAUUUAUGUUUCUAGAAACCCAAAAGAUGUCCUGGUUUCCUCUUUUCAUUUCCAACAAAUGGCCAGUUUUCUGCAUGACCCAGGAACCUUGGAAGAAUUUGCAGACCAAUUCCUAGCAUUGAAUGUGAUAUUUGGAAAGUGGACAGAUCAUGUGAAGAGCUGGAGAAACAUGGAUCUGGGUGACAGAAUUUUUUACAUCACGUACUUAAUGGAGCUCCUCAAUGAUCUGAGAGGGGAGCUAUUGAUGAAAAUGUUAUUCUUUCUUGGUAAGUGCCUGAGCAAAGACGUUCUGAACCGUGUGACUGAACACUGUGAGUUUAGGUCUAUGAAGCAAAACAAAAUGUCCAACUACUCGCUGGUGCCAGAGGCUUUAAUGGACACCAAGAAGUCUUCUUUUCUCAGAAAAGGAAAUGUUGGAGAUUGGAGGAAUUAUUUCAGCCCAGAAUUGGAGUCGAAGUUCAACACAGCAAUUUGUGAAGAAUUAAAUGGAAGUGACAUCAAAUUCCCCAUAUAAUAAUUGUCAUAAUUCUAUUAUUCCAAAGUUUGUGCUUAUAAUUUAAAUU